UGGGUGAGGUUUUGGAGUCAAUCGCCCCGGCACGACCGCACCGUCAGCAUCAACCCCAACAUCCUCAAGGGCUCCUUCAUCUCCCUUGCUCAACAUCUCCCGAAACGAUAUAUCAGUCUGCUUAUCUGGCUCUGCACCAGACACAUCUCACUUAAUCAGCAUCUCUUUCGUAUCAGCAGAAGCCCCAUGCCCAAUUGCUCACACUGUGCAACCACUGCAGAAACCGUACUACACUUCCUCAUCACCUGCCCCCACUAUGCACGCACACACCACAUCCUCAUGUCUGCCCUUUGCCAUUGUGCCUCCUCCAUAUCCUACCUGCUGUCUAGUCCCAAAGCGAGUGCGCCACUCCACAUGGACAUAAAUUGGAUUUUUUUUUAA